AUGUCUCAAAAAAUUUCACAGCUUAAAUAUCAAAUAAACAUACAUAAUUCUCUUGAAAUUAAAGAGAAUUUUUUCAGUCCUAUUUUUAGCACAAGUAAUAAUAUGUUUUGGCAAUUAGCGUUUUUUCCGGAAAACUUUGGAUUGUUCCUUUCGCCAGUUAUAUGCCCGGACGAAAUAGUAUGGGGAGAACGGUCAAAAUCAAAUUUCACGUUAUAUAUAAAGGAAAUUAAGGAAGAUAUACGAAACGACAUUUAUUCUAAUACGUUUACUGUGCCUUCCGACGCUAACAUUUCAGAUGGCUAUGGAAUCGAUAAAAUCGAUAGAACAUUAUUUGUAAAUGGAGAAUUAGAAAUUGGAGUUAUAUUCAAUAAUAUUGAAGUUGAAGAAUGUAAUAAAAGAAAAAAAUAUGAUUAUCCUACACCAUCGGGACUUAUCGAAGCAUGGAAGGAACAAUUAAUGGAAAAUCCAUCAGAUGACGUAGAAUUUAAUGUGGAGGGUGAAAAAUUUUACGUAUGUAGUUCAAUCCUUUCCAAAAGAUCCAAAUAUUUUGCAAAAAUUUUUUCCGGUAAUUGGGCAGAAACUGUUGAGAAUGUUACAAAUAAUAUAAAUGAUAUCCAUUUCGAAAGUAGUCCCGAGCAGCAUAAUAAAGUUAAAUAUCGAAUUGAUUUUCCCGAGGGUCAAUGUAUAUUUUCGAUAAUAAUGGAAUAUCUUUAUACGAAUCAAGUUAAAUGGAAAAAUAAUAAUAAUCAAUCUAUAACCGUAAAAUUGUUUCGCCUGGCGGAUAAGUACCUUUUAUCAGAUCUUCGAAAUCGAGCAAAAUUUAGGAUAUAUGCUGAAUUAGGGAUUUCAAACGUGUGUGAAAUCUUAUUCGGUCUAGUUCCUAAGUACGAAGAUUUGAAAGGACCCGUCUUAAAAUUUAUGGCGAGACAUUUUGAAGAAGUCAGUCAAUCGGAAGAAUUCAACGACAUCUUAAAAAAUUUACCAAAAUAUCCAUACUUUUCUGAUAUUUAUCCUGAAAAACAUUGUAAUUAA